AUCUGAUUAACCCGGUUUUUCCUUUUUUGUUUUUCUCCUAAUAAUUUCAGACCGUCAAGUCUACAAAAACCACGGACCGUACCCUUCGACCUUCAGCCUCUGCCCCUUCGAUUUUCCUUUGAUCUACCUCAGAUCUUCCUCUGAUAGCUUUUAUAAUCUUCAAAUCGCAACGAUUAUUUUUCAAUUCUUUCUAUUCUCUGCUAAUCGAUCCCAAAUUUAACUGCAGCCGUUGAUCGUACCCGAUUCUAGGGUUAGGGUUCCGAAUCGGACCUUUAGAUCAAUUCUAAUCCUCCAAUCCUUUAUCCCUCUUCUAUUUCGUGUUUUCAUCAAUUCCCGUUGUCUAAUAUGGUCCUGAUUUUUUCGAUUGUCUUGUCCCUUUCGACUUCUAGGGUUUCGAAGCUUUCGAUUCGCUAGGGUUUCUUCGUUCCUUAAAUUAGUAGAGGGUAUUCGUUCAUUUUCCAAUUAGUGAUUGGUUUCCACCCUUUUUUAGCUGUUAUUUUGGGGUUUGACCUGCAAUUCUUGUGUCUAAUUGUUUCGUCUAGGGUUAGGGUUUCGGAAAGACUUGGACAUCUCUAGUUGGUGGAAUUAAGUUGGGGAUACGUACAAAGGCAUAGGGAACUUACCUUUUGUGUUUGAUUCAGUGAUCUUUUAUCUGAAUUAAGGCUUCUAGGGUACCUUCAUCUUUCUGUCAUUUUUCUUUCGUGGUGCUACGAAGUUUGAAUUCGAAGAAUUUGGAGAUUAGGAUGGGAUCUAAAAGGAGUUUUGAUGAAGAGUUCCCAGAGCUUCCCUGUAAGCACCUAAGGAAGCUUGAGCAUAGCAAUACACCUAAUCCAUUUGUUGAACUUGUUCCCUGUGAGAAUGCCCCACAGGAACCUAUUUUUUCAGGGGAGGAAAAUGAUGGCUUCCAUAACUUUCAGAGGCAUGAGGCACUUGAAAAACACAUUGCCAUAGAUGUUUCAAAUUUGGUUGACAAGGGUCUUGAGACCAAUGAUCCCUUGUCAUGGUUUUCCAGCAGUUCAAGUGAAGAAGAUGCUGGGUCGGGGACAUCAGCAUACUCGUCCCUCUCGACAGAACAUUUUGAAUUAGAUUUCCCAUCCAGAAGAUUUGUUCCAUAUGAGGACACCUAUUCUUCUUUCUGGGAUCACUCUCGUAGAAAACAGGUUCCAAUUGGCACAAAUUAUCAAGCCAGCAUUCCAUUGUGGGGCAAACAUAUAAAUAAGAACAAGUUAGACCUGACAGAGAAAUAUAAUCAAAACAUAGAUGAUACUGACAGUGAGGAGAAGCUGAUGGGGGAUUGUGUUAUUCAAAUGCCUGAUUCAGGUUUCUUUACAGGCAUGGGUGACUAUGCUGGAAAUGGUAGGACAGAUUGUCACUGUUUGGAUUCUGGCUCUGUUAGAUGCACACACCAGCAUGUCAUGGAAGCCCGGGAAAAAAUAAAAAAAACCAUUGGGAAUGAAAAAUUUGUGAGUUUAGGGUUGUCUGACAUGGGCGAAGAGGUGGCAGACAGGUGGACUGAAGAAGAAGAGCAGAUCUUUCAUGAGGUUGUUUACUCUAAUCCUGCAUCCCGGGGUAGGAAUUUUUGGAAACACCUGUCAUUGGCAUUUCCUUCUCGAAGUAGAACAGAGCUUGUAAGCUAUUAUUUCAAUGUAUUCAUGCUGCGGAGGCGUGCUGCUCAGAACAGAUCUAAUUUGCUGGACAUAGACAGUGAUGAUGACGAAUGGCAUGGAAGCAAUAGAGACUCCUAUGUCAUUGGAGAUUCAGAAGAAGAUGAAGACUCUGCUAUUGAGUCUCUUGUUGACCGGCAUAAUCAGGUGGAUUCCUCUGAAGAAGAUGAUGGCAGUGAUGAUGAUGACUUCCGUGGUGAUGGACCUGGUAGAAAUUUUUCUGAUGAAGAUGGUGGGAUGGAUCUCAUGUCAGAUGCAGAUGUUUUCAAGUCUCUUGACGAGAGGAAGUUUGACUCCUUAGGUCAGCAUGUGGAUAAAGGGAGUGAUCAGGAGGAUCUCAAUGCACAGGACGACUCAUGCUUGUCAUUCGAUUGUCAAGCCAAUAUGGCUUCUAGUACUUGUGGUCCUGUUAACAGCGAAACUGUUUUUAAAGUGUGUGGAGUUAAAAGUGAGAAUGGCAAAUGCUUGCAGAGCAAAGCCGAUUGGUGUAGUGAUGCAGAGGGUCAGUUUAAUGUACUGGAGCCCUAUGAUGCUGAAGUUUGGGAUGCCAAUUGCCCAUCUGCAUCAUUAAAAGGUUUUGAUCUUAUAUCCACAUGGAACAUGAUGGAAGAGAUUUUUGGACAAGACAGUUCGGAUAAAAAGAUGAUGGGUGACUAAAAGGCAUCGACUAGCGACCCUUCAAUUUCUUAGUACAUAUCAUAUCUGGUGUGGCCUUUGCGACCGCCAAGAUUUUGAGACUUUGCAGGUGUAAUCGUCUUGCAAGAACACAAUUCUUCUAAAGCAUUGGUGAUCUGAUUUUCCCAUUUUCCUUUAUGUAAAUCCUUUCUACCCCCUCAGAGUAAAUAAGAGUCGCAAGAAAGGGGGGUUUAGCAUGUUGAAAUGCUCUGUAUACAUCCUUCUUUGAAUCUACUAUUUGUUGGCA